AUGUCACGAUCAUCUAGGCGAGAUUAUUCUCUUCUAGAAAUCAAAAAACAUGAUCAACCAACUGAUUUAUGGAUGGUAUUAUACAAUAAGGUCUACGAUGUUACUGAUUUCUGCAAAUAUCAUCUAGGUGGGAUAGAAGUAUUGUAUGAUUGUGGUGGUUCUGAUGCAACACAAGCAUUUGAAGAUGUUGGACAUUCUGAUUUUGCUGUUGAAAUGUUACAGCCUUAUUUAAUUGGUCAGGUGUUGCAAGAUGAACAAAGAGAGUAUCAUAAACUACCGAAAAAUUCAGUCGAUUCAGAUGUUAUUGAGUCUAUUAAAUUUGAUGAGUUGCAAAGUGAAAAUUUGAAUGAAUAUGUUAUUAGGAGGGUUAAAGAAUCGACCAAUAUGAUGGUGUUGACUUUUGUGGCUCUAUCUUCAUUCAUUCUAUUAGUUUUGAUACAUUUCCAGAGGUGA